AUGUAUGAGCCACCUAACGUCGAAGCUCACAUUCUACUAGUCAAAAUUGUUGUUGUUCAAUCAUCAUCCACGUCAGCAGCAGUUGCAUCGGCAGUUGCAUCGGCAGUUGCAGCAAGCAGCCUAGUCACGGACGAAAUACAAAUUUGCCAUCAAUCAUCGGCGGCAGCCCUAAAAACUGCUGCGAAUUUUCGUAAUAAAAUUCCGUCGAUAUCGAUAAUUCCGAUACCGCCGUCAUCGUCGCUAACAGUUGCAUCAACAUCAACUGUAACAACAGCUAAUAAAGCGACAUCACCACCUCUAGCGGCAAAUAAUUCAACUACUCAUCAUCAUCAUCGUGUUUAUACAAUCGGUGGACAACAACAACAACAACAACGACCACAACAACAACACCAAUCGCAACAAACAGACAAAUGCAGUUCGGCGGUAUUGAAAUUUGACGUACGGGAAUUGGUGCCCAAGUCACAUACAAGUACGUCAACUUCGACAGAUCAAGUUGUUCCACCGAUAAUCGUCAAGCUCGAACCGACACAAUCGUUUCAGAUUGUCGACGAGAACGAUACGAGGGUUUUGAGUUUACCCAUUUCGGAUUGUGAUCGUGUUGGGGCGAGUUGGAUUGAUCUGAAGGAUAUUGCCGGACUGCAAACAAAUACGUAUGUUGAUGUGAAUUUGGAUGCAUGUGUUGGGACGAGUGGACACCAACAACAACAACAACAAAUUCAGACUGUUCAAAUUACAACUCAAGAGCCGCAGGCUCAUCAUUCAAAGUCUAAUUCAACAACUAUUGUGACUACGAGUGUUGGCAGUGGUGGAGGAGGCGGAGGUGGUGGUGGUGGUGGCGGCGGUGGCGGUGGAGUAAGAAAUUGCAAAGCUGGCGGGGGAUUAGUGGCAACUACGACACAAACCAUAACAUCGGCUGCAGCAACAACAACUCGUGAGGGAUUAUCUGGUGGACCAACGUCUAGUGGAGGAGCAAUGACAGGUAGGUCACUAUUAGCGUAA